AAAGACGCGGAUCGCCGCCUGGAGGGGCGCCUCUAGUCGCGGCGGAACGCGACGCCAGCGGCGGAUGGAGGGCGCAAGCGGGCGGCCGCGGAGGCUGCUCCUGGAGGGGCGCUGAUGCGGCGCCUGGACCUGAGCUGCGCGACUUCGGGGGCGUCGGCCGAGAGGGCUCUCCGCGAUGCAGCUCCUGAAGGCGCUGUGGGCACUCGCUGGGGCCGCGCUCUGCUGCUUCCUCGUCCUGGUGAUCCACGCGCAGUUCCUGAAGGAAGGUCAGCUGGCCGCCGGCACCUGUGAGAUUGUGACCCUGGACCGGGACAGCAGCCAGCCCCGGAGGACGAUCGCCCGGCAGACGGCUCGCUGUGCGUGCAGAAAGGGGCAGAUCGCGGGCACCACGAGAGCCCGGCCCGCCUGCGUGGACGCGCGGAUCAUCGAAACAAAGCAAUGGUGUGACAUGCGUCCGUGUCUGCAGGGGGAAGGCUGUGACCUGCUGAUCAACCGGUCCGGCUGGACGUGCACGCAGCCCGGCGGGCGCAUAAAGACCACCACGGUCUCCUGACGAACACAGCCUCAGAGGGGCCCGGGCGGUCCUCGGCUCCCCGGAGAGUCCGCACCUGGGCCCGAGUCCUGCCGCAGACGCCCCGUUAUCUGCCACCGGCCUGCGACCCGGGCCUUCUGCGCUGAGCCUGUCCGGCUGCACAAGGAGUCCUGCCAGGGACACAGCCUGGCCUCGCCCGGCCUCCCCGGCCACACGUGGGCUGCGCUCCCUGAAGAGCAGGACGAGGACCAGGAGCAGGGGCCAGAGGGACCAGACCGCAGCCCAGCAGCCCGGAGGCGGGACCUCGGCCGUCGGGGGAGGCUGUGGCCCUCCUCACGCCCAGACUGUCCGAAUCGCUUUUAUUUUCUUAUCCUUUUCCGUAUACUCAAUAGACCAAAGAGCAAAUCUAUUUUAACGCAGACUCGCCCCCACAACCCGGUUCGGCUGGGGGCCCAGGAGCGGAGCAUGCUGGUGGCCCCGGCAGGGCGGAGAGGGUGGCCCUGGCAGAGGCCCCCACCCCACGAACACUGCGGUGCACCCUGAGCAGGGCCCAGCCACCGGAGGAGCCGGCAGCCCUGCGGGACACGGGGACGAUGUCCCCACACAGGCCGGCACGCCCCUCCCCGGGACGCAGCCCGCCGGGCACUGCUCCGUGCCGGGACGGACCGGACCGUACUAAACUCACUGUUUUAACCAGUUAGACGCGCCUCUUCGCUCCAUUCCGAUAGUGGGACAAUCCAGUAUCCGCCAAGAGCAUGUUGGGUCUCCCGUGACUGCUGUCUCAUCCGAUACACCAUUUAGCUCCAGAACGCAAAUUAAAGGAAAAUGAAGUAACCCUUGUUUGAAAGAGAUCAUUAAAUGUAUUUUGCAAAGCCUAAAGUUAUAUAUUUAACAGUUUUUAUAUGUUGUAUAUUUGUAGAAAAGCCUAUUUAACAAUUAAUGUGGUGGCCCCGGCCGUCCCGAGCAGCGAGCUGAAGGCUCCGGGCGGGCGCA